GAAAGUAUAUCUUGCUUCUCGUCGACUCCUAUAGCAAAUGGCUAGAGGCUUUUAUCACCACGAACAAAACCUCAGCUACUACAUUGACGCAUCUCCAGGAGACAAUGGCACGCUUCGGCAUUCCGAAAAUCGACGUUACCGAUAAUGAUCCCACCUUUGCCUCAGCUCAAUUCGAUCAUUUCUGCGUGACUAAUGGCAUCAGACACAUGACAUCGCCACCGUAUCAUCCGGCAUCUAACGGGCAGGUGGAACGUUACGUAAACACCUUAAAAACGGCUUUGGAGAAACUCUCUUCGGAAGGGAAGGACCUCAACACUAGUUUAUCGCUGUUCCUUUUCCGGCAAUACAUGAUGUCAAGCGCCGCAGGAGAGAGUCCAGCUUGUCGCAUGCUCGGUCGAGAGCUAAGAUCGAAACUAGAUUUGCUGAAAGAACAACCCUCAGAGCACACGUUCACUGACUCUCCGAAAUUCAUGGUAGGAGAAACGGUGAUGGCUCGAAACUACCAGACGUCAGGACCGAAGUGGUUCCCCGGAAGAAUAGCGAGAAAUUGCGGCUCCCGCAUCUGUGAAACGAAAGCCUUGAAAGAAACCAAGGUGAUCGUAAUCUUAGCCCAACACAAAUUGACUCUGGAGAAAUUGGUUGUGAUACGGAAGUUCCAGUCCCUGAGCCACCUCAACGAUCUCAACGGAGUACAAAGGCUUUACCCCCUCGAAGACAUAUAA